CUUUACGACCAAUAAAAUGAUAGUCGCUAAUACGGGCGACUGACCACCCUCAGAUAAUCGCCGCUAAUAUCUUAGAUUGUAUGCCUAAUCGGCGCGUGUGGGGGGCGUAUAAAGACGAGCGUUGACCCAUUUCAAAUCUCAUACAUCAAGUACGCGCGGACAUGAACAGUAUCGAACUGAUUUGAAACUCGAAUACUUUCUCGGCGGGAUUCUGAAUUUAAAAUUUGAUCUGUGCUAAAAUGGAUUAAGGUGGUGUGUGUGAAGUGUGUUUUUGACUGUAGUGACAGUUUAGAUCUACAUAAUGAAGAUCCAACUAGUCUACCUCACGCUAUGGUCGCUAUCUCAGGCCGCCUACAUCAGCCGUAUGACGGCCAACCGCAUGCGGGUGCCGACGGCCUUCCGUCCCGGAGUCACACUUCACCGGCAAUGGACCCAUCCACGGAUAGUCCAGGCCGCGUCGCAUAGGACGCCUUAUGUUAUAUACAGGAACCCACCCCACAGGCCAAUUUCCCGCAGAUACGCCAUGAAGCACUACGGGCCGAACCCCAACAACAACCGCAACGUGUUCAUCAACAGCGGCCCUUGGAAGACGACGGCGAGACUGCCGACGAUCACCAGCGCGACGCCGGAGUACGAGUUCGUGAAGGCUGCGUCCGCGCCGACGGCGUUGAGAGUUAACGGUGAUAAAGGUGCCAUCCACACGAUCCCAGCGCCCAACCUGAGUCUCUCGGAGAAGCCGAUCGUCGUCAUCGAUGCGACGGAGCAUGGAGUGAAGGUGACUACAGAAGCUCCAAAACCAACAUACGAAGUAACAGAGAAAUACAUAGAGCCGUCAAUCCACGUAGCUAAGAUCGAAUCGCCUAUAGGAUUUUCUAAAGCCACGUCCCUAACGGGCCCUGAAAUACAAACCCUGGUCCGAAACGGCGCCGCUCUGCAGCUGACGUCAGAAUACGGGCUGCCGGCGAUCGCAAUGUCUCAUCAUCAGGCGCAACUUAUGCCCCAACAGUUCACUAUACAACAGGGUUUCAGUGCCAUGCCAACACACCAGGAUCUAGUCCAAUCCGGCGCUGAAGGCAUCAUAAUACCGCCGAACGCAUUAUAUCAACCUGACCCCGGAUAUCUGCAAAAACUACAGAACCAGCUGUUGCAGAGGUACCCCGCCGUCGAAUUCAUACCGUACGCUGCUGACAUCCCCACGGAAGCACAGAUCCAAAGUCAAGCAUCACAAAUACAGCCCCAAGUGAUUCUACUCCAAAACGAAAUUACAAAGCAGGCACCAGCACCAUUCGUCGCAAGAGAACAACAAAAUGAUAAGAACGUCGUACAGAGGGAAACUCAAGAAAAAACCGUAGUAACAUUAGUCCCACAAAAACUUAUUAUAACCACUCAAAAUGUAACUGAUAAACCAGUUGAAACGACCACCCCAUACCAAACUACACAAACUCCGCAAAAUAUAACCGUUCAAGUGGUAACUGAAUCCCAACCUUCAUCAACGGUUCAAUACAUAGUAGAAAGUACUACUGAAGAACAUAAGACGACUACUCCACUGUAUUACGCCCAAGUUGGUCAAAGCGUUGGAAGCGCAAUAGCAAGUGGGUUUUUCUCAGCAAUCAAUGACGUAAGAGCGGCUGCUGCUUUAGCUCAAGUAAGUGAGACACCCCAAGAAUCAUCCAGCACUGAAGCAGAAAAUAUAACCACGACAUCGACAUCAACAACCACAACUACAACAAGCACUACAAUGAAUCCAGAAUUCCAGCCAUACUUUGUACACAAGACGGAAGAUCAGAAGAACGAAACGAGUGGAGAAUUAAUAUCUGUAUUAGGAAUUCCUUUUGCGAAGCCAGAGCCAGUCAAACCAGUACCUAAGCCUGAUGAAACAGUGAAAGUAGCUUACACUAUAUACAGAGCUGGUGAUAAAGAUCAGAAGGUAGCAAAAGACGGAAGCGUAUAUGCUGGACAGAUAGUGGAAGCGAGUAUAAGUGAGGACCAAGAUUUUAACAAGGAGAAGAAUAGUAUUUUGUCUAGAAGGGCACCUGUAAGGCUGAUAGCUGUUCCAGCUGAGAAUCCAAGCACGACCACAACUUCAACGACAACGCUGGUACCGCAGAAAGUAACAGUGGUCAAAGCUAAGAUCCCACCAAAAAGCAAGUUGACGUUCGAUGACAAAACAGGCGAACCAGUACUGAGAAUAUAUGCCAGUUACGUGGAUACUCCUCAGCAGAGAGAAGUGGUGGUAUCUAAGCUAGCAAACAUGAAACAAAAAGAUGUAACUCGAAAGACAGACAGCGUCGACAACUGGAAAGCAGCAACCAUAAAAUCAGUCGACAAAACACAAGGACCCAAUAUGAACCAAGUAACUCAGUUUGGACUCAAACUGAGGUCUAGAAGCGACGAUUACAUACCACUGUUCGAUGACUACGAAGAUUAGUACAACUGAUAUAAGUAUUUAUUCCACAAGACUGUCUCCUUAGU